AUGCACUUAGUCAAUACGAAUGAUUCAUCAUUAUCAGCAAUUCCACCAGAUAAUUGGAAACCACCAUAUGUUACAUUAGAUACAUCUAUGGGUAAAAUGAUUAUUGAACUUUAUUGGGAUCAUGCACCAAAUACAUGUCGAAAUUUUGCUGAAUUAGCUCGACGUGGUUAUUAUAAUUCAACAAAAUUUCAUCGAGUUGUUAAAGAUUUUAUUGUACAAGGUGGAGAUCCAACUGGAACAGGACGUGGAGGUGCAUCGAUUUAUGGAAAAUAUUUUAAUGAUGAAAUUACACCAUUAUUAAAACAUACCGGUGCUGGUAUAAUAUCAAUGGCAAAUGCAGGUCCAAAUACAAAUGGUUCACAAUUCUUUUUAACAUUAGCUCCAACUCAAUCAUUAGAUAAAUUACAUACAAUUUUUGGACGAAUGCAUUCAGGUAUAAAUGUUUUACAAAAAAUAUCAAUUAUUCAAACAAGUGAUAAUGAUAGACCUGUUGAUGAUAUUACCAUUCUUAGAGCUUAUAUUACACCAACAGAAUAA